AUGGCCCUGCAUGCGGCCAUCCUCGCACCUUUCACCCAACACCCAUACGCGACCCUCUUCCUGUUUCCUGUCAUCUUCAUCAUAGUCCGUGUCUUCUACCGGAUUUCCCCAUUGCAUCCUCUCAACCACGUGCCCGCUCCUCCUCUUGCCUGUUGCUCCUCCCUGUGGUUGACCUACCAUGCCUGGAUUGGUGACGAGGCUUCAACCGUAAACACGCUUCACAAGCGGUACGGUCCCGUCGUUCGAACUGGUCCAAACAGCGUGGAUAUCUCAGAUGGAGCUGCAUUAGCCACAAUAUACACGGAAAAGGGAGGCUUUGCGAAAGCACCCUUCUACGCGAAUUUCGAUAUCGAUGGUCAUAAAUCCAUCUUCUCUGCGACGGAUCCUCUGCAACGUGCCCCGCGAGCCAAAGCUGUUGCUGCUCUUUUCUCUACCUCCAAUCUACGUCAAGGACAAGCCAUCAUAUACAAGUGUGUCGAUCGAUUCGUCGAACGACUCGCUGAGGCUGCUACUCAGGAGAAAAGGGGCAAGCCAUGGAACAUCCUAAACCUGACCAGAGGUCUGGCACUCGAUGCAGUGUCCUCGUACCUCCUGGGCGGUAAUUAUGGUGCUCUCGACGAGCCGUUGGUCAAAGAGGAGGAGCACAAGGCCGACACGGGUGGAGAAAUGAGCGCCAGUGGAAUGGUCAACUGCUUUGUUGCGGUUGGGCGAUUUUGGUACCUGCCAAUUCCUGUGUUUAAGAAGCUGGAAUCAUUCAAUGCCUGGUGGAACGCCGAGAAUGAAGUGUCCACGAGCCUAGCCAUGGUAGACGAAUUCGUCGCCAGCGUCGUCACUCAGGCCGCAAACGCCCUCCGAGCGUCAACGGACAAUGAAAAGACCCCAGGUACCAGCAACACAACUCAUCCAUCAGCAUCCUAUCCAGCCCGUAUGCUUCAGGCGGGUUUCUCUGUCUCAGAAGUGCGUGCGCAAUGUAAAGAUCUGAUUUUCGCGGGGACCGAUAGCACAGGCAUGAACCUCGCAGCCAUCCUGUUUCACCUCGCCCGCAGCCCCCAAUGCUACUCGGCCUUGCGCCAGGAAAUCCUGACCGCAAAUCCAUCCUUCGACAACCUGCAGUCCCUCCCCUAUCUGCGUGGGGUGGUGAAAGAAGGCCUUCGGUUGUCCAUGGCGAACCCUUCUCGCUUACCGCGGGUGGUGCCGCAGCAGGGCUGGGCCUUCAAGGAGAUCUAUUUCCCGCCGGGCACCGUCAUCAGUUGUACGCCCUACUCCCUUCAUCUCAAUCCUACCGUCUUCCCCGAUCCGUUCGCCUUCAAACCCGAACGCUGGCUGGAGCCCACCGACGAAAUGGUACGUGAUGCAAUACCCUUCGGACUGGGCACGAGGCAAUGUAUUGCCCGCAAUCUGGCUUCGGUGGAAGUGUUCUGUGCCGUCGAGAAGGUGGUCCGCGCCGAUGUCUUGAGGGGAGCAAAGACGUCGACGGACAAAAUCGAGAUCCUGGAGUGGUUCAAUUCAAAGGUAGUCGGCGAGAGGAUCGACCUGGUUUGGUGA